AUGACCUCUAUGACAAUGAAAUCAUUUUAUGAUCGUGUCUAUUCAAUAGACAAUCAAGUUCUUGAGAGAAUUUGUCAAAAUAUUUUACCUCGAAUUUAUCAUCAAAUAACUGAACUCAUUGUUGAACAAUAUUCAAUGGAACGUGUUCUUCAAACUAUUAAUUAUCCUCAACUUUACUCAUUAGCACUUAUGGAUUUUUCAGAAGAAGUACUUUUCAAUCAUUUAACAAGUAAUACAAUUCUUCGAAAACUUCUUUUUGAACAAAUUACAUGUCUUACAAUUGAUAUUAAGGAUGAACCAAAACAACCAUCUCCUGAAACUCUUUCCAUUAUGUUUACUUUAAUUUUAUCUUUAUGUAAACGAUUAAUCAAGUUAAGUUUUUGUCAAUCUGAUGAUCGAGCAACACUUUGUACUUUUGCCUUAUCAUCAAGCAAUUUUAACUCUUCAAUAUUGACUACAUUGAAAAUUAUUGUAGAAACUUUUGAUGAUUGUCUUUAUUUACUAGAUGGACGUUUCAA